GCAAUUAAGGGUAAAGGACGACAAAAUAUUUGAUACACUUUUUUUUCUGGUCAGAUAGAAGAAAGGAUGGCGACAGAGCAUUAGAAUUAAAGACUGAUAGAUAGCCUGUGAUGGAAUAGAUAGAUACCGGUCCUAUGGCUAACYGACUUCAAAGAACUCAACGAUAUACUUAUUUAAAUCUGUCUUCUCCAAAACUUCGAAUGAAAUAGAUUUAUAGCGGUGGUAGUGGUCUUCUGAUCCGUCCAAAGUAACUUAUAAACGGAAGACAUUGUACAAAGUUACAGAAGGAGCAUAGCGACCACAAUCCGGAUGACAAGAACAAUUUGGGCAAAUGUGACUCCUACCCUUGCAUAUAACCUCCUACAUACAUUUGGGGAAAUCGUCGAUGUUUUCCCAAAAAGGACCAAGGAAAUUAUCAUUAUCAGAUAACACAGCAGAUCGCUAUCUGUUCAACUGGGAGUUCUCUUCAUCAGUUCCGCAGACUUUUGUUCGCUUGCUGUGGGGAUGGGGGCUGCGCCGGGUUCUGGUUGGGAGGAGGGGGAGUUCGAGUUCAAGUUGGUUUUUGAGGAGGACCCGACGCGCCAACUCCGGGGCCCAUCCCCGCUGUGCAACGCGGACCAGGAGCACACAAUCGUGGGGGAGACUGCAGAGAGCGCCCUGUCGCUCCUAGAGUCGAGCAAUACUGACAGCCACCUGGAUUCCACUCACGUAGGCCAGCCAAUCGGCAUCCCUACUCCAGGGUAUUCUUCAGCCAGUCAAAGGGCUGGGAUGCAUUCCCCGCCCCCCAGACGUACCUUGGUGAGGGAGUUCAGUGGGACCUAUGAGAGCCUUCCAGCGAGAUCUGUACAGGUGUCAGAGUCCCGUGUGUUGGAGUGCCCCAGCAUCCAGAUCACCACUAUCUCCCCAGAGGAUGACACUGCCCCAGCAGGAAGUAACUUCUGGGACACAGGGGGUGGAUGGGACAGGGAGCGCCUCUACCUUCCCCUAAUGGACCCAUUCUGCUACCGCGAAGGCAGCACCGGCGCUGGGUCCCUGAGCCCAAGCCCUGCCUCCAGCCCCUCCUCUCGCGGCUGGCUCAGUCCUGCGUCCAGCUGUGAUUCACUCCUGGUGGAGGAYGAGGAGCUCAAUGAGGUCACCUCCCAUUUCUGCCUGUCACCCUCCURCCGGCCCACCUCACCGGGGGGUAAGAAGCGCAGGAACUCCCCUCUGGCCUCCCCCAGCACGUCCCGCAGGAGCAGCUACUCUGAGGACCACUCCUGUACCCUGGAGGGAGAAGACUCCACCUCUCAGUCACAGGCUCACAACAGCAGCUUUGAGCUGAGCAUUCCACAGAAAACUAGGAAGACGUCACUGGAGCAGGUCUCCCCCAGGGAUGUGGAGCAGGAGCAGGGUCCAGCCCAUAGCUCCCACUGCCCACUGCCAGAGCCACUGCAGCAAAGGAGAGAGAUUGCAUCCAUGGGCAUGGACUACCUGUCUGUGCCCCCUGCUCUGGGCUGGGGGAGGACCAGAGCCAGCGCCCACAGCCCUCUGUUCAGAUCCAAUGCUCUGCCGCCACUUGAUUGGCCACUGCCAACUCAGUUUGACCAAUAUGAGUUGCGUAUCGAGGUGCAGCCCCGCCCACACCACCGAGCCCACUACGAGACAGAAGGAAGCAGAGGAGCCGUCAAGGCAUCACCAGGGGGACAUCCGGUUGUUACGCUGACUGGGUACACAGAGAGACAGCCCCUCUCUUUGCAGGUGUUUGUGGGAACAGCUGAUGACAGGUCCAUCCGGCCUCAUCCUUUCUAUCAGAUACACAGGGUAACAGGUAAGAUGGUGGGUACUGCCAGUCAGGAGAGUGUACAGGCUGGCACCAAAAUACUGGACAUCCCCCUCAACCCAGAGACCAACAUGACUGCCCUCAUUGACUGCGCUGGCAUUCUGAAGCUGAGGAACUCGGACAUCGAGCUGAGGAAAGGAGAGACAGAUGUAGGGAGGAAAAACACYCGUGUGCGCCUAGUGUUCCGUACCCACCUCCCCUUUGGCCCUCCCGUGGCCCCGCCUGGACGGAUGCUGGCCCUGCAGGUUACCUCCGUGCCUAUUGAGUGCUCCCAGCGCUCUGCUCAGGAGCUGCCAGUGGUGGAGUCAGUCAGUGUCACAUCGUGCUCUGUGGAAGGAGGGGAGGAGCUACUGUUGGGUGGAUCUAACUUUCUGCCCAUGUCCAGAGUGCUUUUUAUGGAAAGAGGGACAGAUGGAAAGCUACAGUGGGAAGAYGAGGCACAUGUUGACCGUGACAACAGUAGUGAGUGCUUGCUGUGUGUGCAAAUUCCAGCCUAUGGUGACCUGUCUGUGAACCGCCCAGUAUCUGUGUGCCUUUAUGUCUCCAACGGGAAGAGGAAAAGAAGCAGCACUCACUGUUUCAAGUACCUGCCGGUCAUGUUUAAAGAGGACGACCCUCUGCUGUCGCGUCCCUCUGUCUUGCCCCUGGAGGGGGUGACACUCUGCUCCAUGGGGGGGCCCAGCAGGGUGGACAGGGGUCUGCACCUGAGGAAUGAUCCCACGCCCAAGGAGAGAGGGCUGGCUUUGCACCUGCCCCCCUACCCUUCAGCCUACUCUCCCCCCUACCAAGGUCAUGGCUACCAGGAGGAGUACUGCCACAAGCCUGAAGCUGUGGGUGACAGCAGAGGUUCUCUGUCAGAAAGACGCCCCAGCUUUGAGAACUUGGAGCUGGGCUUCACUGAGCUACUGCCUCCCUUUUACCCCAGAGUCCCCCAGCCUCCCUCCCCCUCCCCUUGGCUGGACUCCCCAUACCUGUCCUCCUCCCCCUCUCCCUCCCACUCCUCCUCUCUGAGUCCCUUCCCUGCAGGCAGCCCCAUCUCCUCCUCCUCUCUUCCCCCCAUGACUACCUCACCCUACUACCCCUACCCUCAGGAGGUCUGCCCCUCGCCUCCUUCCAACCCCAGCCCGUAUCAGGACUUCAGGACACCGUACUCCCACAACGAGGUAUGGGACCACCAGGGCAGGGGACCUCGGGAAAGGGAAGCUCAGGCUGGGUCUAAAAUGCAGACGACCCCCCUGGAAUUUGCCAGCUCAUCAUCUAUUCACCACAUUACAUUAGAGGAAGUGAAUGAGUUCAUAGGAGAAGACAUCAGAUCGUUCCAGUCGGGCUCACAGAUGGACAGCCAACCAGGAUGACAAGCUCAGUACUGUUCUGUCUUGUUCAGUUGUUAUAGUAUGAAGUGCAUUAUUGCUACCAUAUCACACCUUUUCCUAUGCACUUGGUUUAUGAUGUAUUGCUCAAAUAUGACAAUACUGAAUGAGGAUUAAAUGGCAAGGGCACAGUUGUAAGUAUGAUUACAGAUGCAUUUUACAGUUUAUAUAAGGGAGACUAAUGUUUUUAACCAGUUUUCAAUAUAAAUUAUACAAGUAAAUSUGUGUUAUUGGUCUGUUUGUGGAUAUAGUUUUGUGUGUGCUUGAAUAGCCGAUCUCUCUCCUCCUGAGAGUAACAUCUAUUAUCACUGAAGAUAAAUAAGUUUCAUGAGGCCCAUGUACGCAUACAGCCUAAAGCUAGGCUAGAGUGGCUGAGUGAAUGCAGUCUGGACUCUAUGGAGGAGGGUCAUUGUCUCAGAGAUGCUGUAGAAGGACAGAUCUCCUGCCCUGUGAUCCAGGUACACUCUUAUCCUAGAGGACUCGGGGAUAGUUUAGUCUCUAUGUUGUUAUGUAGGAAACUACASGCUUAUUUGAUGCAGAGUAAAUUCCAGGACUUCUCAUUAUGAGGCCAAACUGGGCUUCUGGACCAAAGCCCGUCCUCCUGAUGUCCUUGUAUAAGACUGGUAUGUAGGGCCUCUUCAGCCUCUCUACACAGCACCUGGAUACUGUGAAACCUCUCUGUGUGGUUGAGGCACYGUUUGGGCUCCUUCAUUGUCACUUCCUGGUCUCUUUCAGUCAGGUGGAGAUUGUAGAAUGCUGUGUUUGGAUCCAAUGUGAGCUGACAGAAAUCUAUGGAGAGAGGAGAGGGAGGAAACAGAACAGAGGUACUUACGACGUGAUUAGUGUAGAAUAGACCUUACAUUUUGUGUAAUAACUGUCACGCCCUGACCUUAGAGAGKCUUUUUAUUUCUCUAUUUGGUUAGGUCAGGGCGUGAUUUGGGUGGGCAUUC